AUGAAGCUCCCCUUCGGAAGGCAGAGCUGGUCCAACACCGACAACCCCAGGCAUGCUCCUGUCAUCCUGGACACAGGGGACCACCGUCACAAGGACCGGCAUUCAUCUAGGACUGAUCGCUCGUCGGCAAAUGCCGGCCCCGUGAUUCUGUCAGCAGAAGUAGGCGUGGCAGGCCGCAACAUCUACCCAGUGGCAGAUGAAGAGGAGCAGACGCAGAAGGAUGCAAGAGAGGCAGAGAACUUCAAGGACGCGCAAGCAAUGCACCUUGUGUACAGCGCGUGCGGAGAGACAGUCAAAUCCGAGUUUUUCAUGUCGCUCAAGUCUCUGUACCUCUUUGCCGUCAGCGGCUUUGUGCGCGAGCCGGCCUACUACCACAUCCACGUGCUGUCAGAUGGGGCGGUCUCAAAAGAAGAUCUGGCUUCCCUCCGCCCGUUGUCAAACUUCAAGGCCUCAGUGCACCCAAAAUUCCCGGGCGCCACUACGCUUUUCAAGCUCUGCUCAACCGAGCGCAUGUACCUGCACCAGCAUGCCGACUUCAAGGAUUUAGACAAGGUGAUCUAUGUGGACACAGACACACUGUGGCUGGAUGAUGCUGUCUUCUGGUGGACACAUUUCAAGCACGUGGGAACAAUGCGCGCUGCGUUUGGCCUUGCCGAGAAUGCCGGCAGCGGCAACGGGAGCUGGUAUAUCAAUGCUCCCAUCCCACACCACGGUGAGCGCGGCGUGAAUGCCGGAACAAUGAUGGCUUCCUUGGCGGCAAUCCGCGCGUCAAACUUUACGGCUGAGCGCGAUGCAAUAAUCGCGAAUUAUUUGCCGCUGAACCAGCUGCCCUUAGGAGACCAAGACGUCCUCAACAUCUACGGCCAUGACCACCCCGACCAAAUCUAUGUCAUGCCUUGCAUCUUCAAUUUCAGGUUUGAUGCCGGAUGCCAAGAGGGCCAACCGGUGGUGCUCCAUGGCAACCGAGCAUUGAAGAACAAUCCAAGCUCCUCCUACAACCACCUGUACACAUUCUUCUCGAAGAUAGGUGUAGCCAAUCCUGCAUCUGUCAGCAGCAACACCAGCUUGGAAGCUUUUUGA